AUGAAGACCCUGCUCCUGACCCCCGUGCUGCUCGCCCUGGUGGCUGCCCUGCGGGCCAAGGACGCCCUGUCCCUCCAGCCAGAGGAGCCGGAUAUCACAGGGACCCGGUACAUGAAGGCCAUCGUGACCAACGGGAACCUGACCCACGGGCCCAGGCAGGCCUUCCCCGUGACGGUGAUGGCCUGGGAAGGUGUGAACUUCGAAACCAGGAUCACCUUCAUGUGGAGGGGCGGCUGCUACAAGGACAGACUGCACCUCCAGAAAACCACGGAGCCCGGCAAGUACACAUUUUGGAACCACACCCACAUACACACAGAGGAGCUGGCUGUGAAGGACCACUCCGCCUGCUACGCUGAGCACCAGCUCCCCCUUGGGGAGACCAUGCACGUGGGAUACCUCAUGGGUGAGGACCCUGGCGACCCCAGCCCAGGGCCCGCUGUCUCACUCUGGAGAAGCUGA